AUUUUACUUGUUCUGUAACUGGCAACCUUGUUUCCGGUUUAAUUUAAAAACAAAAAAGUUGCAAUGCAUGAAAAAAAAUUCAAUCUUCGCAAAAUGGCGGACGGUGGCGUCGAUAUAGAUUUGUACGCCGAUGAUAUUGAAUCGGAUUUUAAUAGACAGGAUGAAUUUGGUGGUGAGAACGUGGAUUUGUACGACGACGUGAUAGCGGCGCCUUCGAAGCCGGAGGAUGGGGACCGACCACCGUCUUCAGCGCCGUCGCACAACUCGCACCCGCCGGAGGAAACCAACGGGAACUCGUCGUACCACAACAACGGGCCGUCUCACCAUCAUGGCGGCCGACGCUUCCAGCUUUACAUCGGCAACCUCACUUGGUGGGCCACAGACCAGGAUAUAGCGAACGCCGUCGCGGAUGUUGGAGUACAAGACUUUCAAGAUGUGAAAUUCUUCGAGAAUCGGGCCAAUGGCCAGUCUAAGGGGUUCUGUGUCAUCUCUCUCGGCUCUGAUCAAUCCUUGAGGAUGGUCCUAGACCGUUUGCCAAAGAAAGACAUCCACGGACAACACCCCGUUGUGACUCUGCCCACUAAACAGGCACUGAACCAGUUCGAGAGUCAGUCGAAGACGCGGUCGACGCCGCCAGGGCCGAACAAUGGGCCCGGCGGCAUGCGGGGACCACACCCCGGGGGCCCGCCGGGGCCGCAUCCAGGAGACUUCUUCGGCGGCCCCAACGGCCCCGGCCCGAACGGCCCUCCCGGCCGCAUGAUGAUGCCGGGCCCGGGCGGCCCGCACCACCAGAUGCGCGGCCCGCCGCCCCAUCAGGGCCCCCCUCACCACAUGCAGCACAACCAGGGCCCGCCGCCCCACCACAUGCAGCAUCAGGGCCCCCCGCCCCAUCAGGGGCCGCCGCCGCAUAGGCCGCCUAUGCAGUUCCAAGGUCCACCGCAAAUGCAGAGACCCCCUGGCCCGGAUAAUAUGCAUUUCCAAGGCCCACCCCAAAUGCAGCGUCCGCGCGGACCAGAGAACACGCAUUUCCAAGGCCCGCCCAUGCAGCGGCCGCCGGGCCCGCGCGGCGAGUGGGGCGCGCGCCCCCCGCACCCGCUGCCGCCGCAGCAGCCGCAGUACCCGCCGCACCACCAGAUGCCGCACCAGAUGCCGCCCCCGCAGCAUCAACCGCCAGGGCAAGGCAUGCCGCCCCCGCACCACCAGAUGCCCCCGCACGCGGGCCCCCCGCGCGGCCCCCCGCCGCACGCAGGUAUGAACGGCUACCCAGGAGUGGGCCCGGGAGCCCCCGCGCCGCACGUGAACCCCGCGUUCUUCAACCAGCAGCCGACGCAGCCCGCGCCCGGCCCCCAGCCGGGACCGCAGCCGGGACCACCAGGUCCGGCCCCUUACGGGCACCCGCCGCACGGCGCGCCGCCGCCGCAGCAGGGCCCGCCGCCCGGCGCGCGACAGCCGCCUUACGGGAGACCACCACAGAGCUACCCCGGCGCGGAGGCGGUGCGACCGCCGCACCACGCUGCACCAAUGCCGGCGCCGCACCUCACACACCCGCCAAUCAGCGAGGCGGAGUUCGAAGAGGUCAUGGGUCGCAAUAGGACGGUGUCGUCCAGCGCCAUUGCCCGCGCCGUGUCUGAUGCCGCGGCCGGGGAGUACGCGUCUGCUAUAGAGACGCUGGUUACUGCGAUAUCGCUGAUCAAACAGAGCAAGGUGGCUCACGACGACCGCUGCAAGAUCCUCAUAUCCUCACUCCAAGACACUCUCCACGGCGUCGAAACCAAGUCAUACAGCAGCAGCGAGCGCUCGCGGCGAACCGAACGCUCGCGCUCUCGGGAACGGGAGCGGGAGGCUCGCGCGCACCACCGCAGCGCCCCGCCGCGGCGUCGGGAGCGAAGCUCGUCGAGGUACCGGGACCGCAGCCGCGACAGGGAGGAUCGGGACAGAUACAGGGCAAAGUCAAGGGAUCGCGAACGGGAUCGUGAUGCGUACUACCGUGACUACCGCGAGAGGGAGCGCGACCGCUCUCGCUCGCGCGACCGCGAACGCACCGACCACUACAACCGCGGACACAGUCGGGAGGAGAGUAAAAUUUCAAGCAUAAGCAAAUCGAGAAACAUUGGCACUAGCAGACCUCGCGGCAAGUCGCCAGUGGAGCCCGCAGCCGAGGCGGGCGGCGGCGACGCCCCAGCGGCUAAAAGCAGAGCGGCACCGUACUACGACGAGAGAUACCGCGAGCGACGCGACCGCGAGCCCGUCGCCGCUGAGAGGGAGAGAGACCACCGCCGGGAGGCCAGGCAUUAGACAAGGAUGACUGCAUUUGACACCACGGAAGAAAUGUUGACGGAAAUAUUUAUGUAACUCAAGACUUUUUGAUUUGGAUGUAGUGGCUGAAGUUCCACAGCUAGCUUAGACUUCGGUUGUAGGGUUUGCUGCUAGUCUAUGUAGCGGAAAAUAGCACAGUCACAGUCUCACGGCAACCUGAAUUGAUUGAUUUUCUUCCCAAGCAUAUAAUUUAUCGGCAUUUAGGUGCUGAUGACAUUUGACAUCAUAUUGAUUAGUAUUGUUUUUGAAUUCCACUUACGGGGAUGAGUGGGGAUUAUUUUUGUAUUGUUUUGAAUCCCUAUCGAACUAGAUACAUCUAUCUUAGUCUUCAGUGUCUUAACAAUUUAAAAUCUAUCUGAAAAUAAAAUCCCAUCAACAUAAUAUAAAUCUACUACCUAUAUUAUUUAGGUAGCUAAACUUUAACUUACAAAAAGCUUUUUAUAUUGACCAAGUACUAUGAAGAACUGUUAUGUGUGUUACAAAUAUUGUAUCCAAAGUCUGCUUACGUUUUUAAUUUAUAUUUCGCUUUCUAAGUACAGGUUUUUUUGCAAAAUUUACUAAAGAUAAGACACAUUCCAAUAUGACACCAAUUACUAAAUUUCGGAUCAUCAGUCAAAUGUUUUUGUGAAGUAAAUAAAUAAUUGUUAAAAUUGUGAAAUCUAUUUUCCUACCGUGUUGUUUGAAUGUGCUAGGAAAAUUGAUUAGAAAAGUGUAUGUACAUCUCUUUAGAAUUUAGUGUUAGUCUUAAGUUACUUUAUUUAUGGAUACGUUCCAUAAAAAGUAGAUUAUGAGUUCUAUGACGCAUGAUCUUAGGUUAAAUUGCAUUAAUAAAUUGAUGUAUAAAUUAUAA